UUUACCGAAUACGGUGCCCAGAUCCCAUCCUUCAAGGCAGACAGAGACGACUACAGACCGAUACCAUUGAAAAAUCCCUCGAGUCUUCGCACCCCAAUUUUCUCUCUCUAGAAUUUUACACAUUCUCUCUUGAAUUAUUAACCCCGAGUCGCCUUCACGUUGGUCUUCAAGCCCCCUCGAGGAGAGUUGAAGAGAGAAGAGAGCUAGCUAAAGGUGACUUCUUUCAUUCUUUCUGUUCUUAAAGCUGCAUUGCUAAUUUUGAGAAAUUAGCUUGUUUUGGACCUGGGUUUUGUUCGGUUCGGUGUUUUUGGCGAGGAUGUUGGUGAAAGAUUGGAUUUUGAGGGGGUUGGUUCGAGGAAUGUGAGAGGAUUGGAGGUUUGCCCGUGAGGUGUUUGUAGAUUUGACUCUGUGAGUUUGGGAAAUUUUUGAUAUUGGGUUUUGUAAGGAGAAGUUGGAUCUUUGUUGGGCUUUGAAGAUCUGGGCCAUGCUAGAUAUGUGCUUGUCACAGGUUUUCAUGCGCUAGUUUGAGUUAGGAUUAGCAGGAGGAGAUUGGAGCUACUGAGACUAGGUUAAGAUUUCAUAGUGGGUUUAAUAGGAGAUUCUAUGAGAAGGGGAAAGGUUGGAUCUCUGGUGGUUUUUUGAAGUGUUGGAGAUCUGGGUCAUGCUAGAUUUGUGCUUGCCACAAGUUUUGAUGGAUUAAUUUGAUUUUGGACCAGUAAGAUGGCUACUUCUCCUUCUUCUUCGGCGACACCGCCGUCUUCUUCCGCUACGCCUGCACCUCCAAUACCUUCUUCUUCAUUGUCUCCUCCACCUUCAACCUCCCAACCACCUCCGGCCGCCAAGUCCCUCCUCCGCGUUGCCUCUCCUCCUCCUCCACCACCAACAUCAUCACCUCCGCCUUCUUCGAACCCUCCUCCUACUCCUAAAUUAACCCCUCCACCUUCUGCUAACCCUCCCACAACUCCUACCUUAACUCCUCCACCUUCUGCUAACCCUCCCCCAACUCCCACCUUAACUCCUCCACCUUCUGCUAACCCUCCCCCAACUCCUACCUUAACUCCUCCACCAACUCAAGCUGACCCCCCCUCAUCAUCUCCACCACCUCCAUUGGCUAACCCUCCAACCCCAUCACCUCCAUCGCCAAUUUCCGGUUCCCCCCCUCCUUCUAAAUCUCAAACGCCGCCUGCAACUCCUUCAAGCCCACCUCCAAAGGAAUCGCCUCCAUUGGUUCCUUCUCCUCCUUCCCCUCCCCCUAGCAAUUCCUCUAGUGGCUCACCCCCUCUGGACCCGUCUCCACCUUCUCCUCCUUUACCCUCUCCCAACACUCCAACGGGUGACCCAACAAGUCCAAUUAGCCCUAGCGGCAAUGGAAACAAGUCGUCUAGUUUCAGCCCUAAUGUCACUGCCGGAACUGGAGGUGGGGGUAAUGGUGGAGGUCAUGAGGUGAAGACUGGUGUUGUGGUGCCAAUUGCUGUGGUAGCUAGUCUCUUGGUGCUUGGUUUAGUAGGAUUAGCUGUGUGGUAUUUCAAGAAGAAGAGAAGAAGGUCCGGUGGAUAUGCAGCUGGAUUUGUCAUGCCGUCACCAUUUGCAUCUUCACAAAUAUCAGAAUCAUCUCCAACAGCUCGUCUUGCAUACCACAGCUCUGGGACCGGGAGCAAUGGAUUCAUGGACUCACCUGACCCAGGCGUAGGAAAUUCAAAGCAAUGGUUUAGCUAUGACGAACUUUACAAGAUUACAAAUGGGUUCUCGGAUCAGAAUCUUUUGGGCGAGGGUGGAUUUGGUUGUGUGUAUAAAGGAUGCCUCCCGGAUGGGAGGGAGGUUGCUGUCAAGCAACUUAAAGUUGGUGGUUCACAGGGGGAGCGUGAAUUUAGAGCUGAAGUGGAGAUAAUUGGUCGUGUACACCAUCGCCAUUUGGUUUCCCUUGUAGGUUAUUGUAUAGCUGGCAACCAAAGAAUACUUGUUUAUGACUUUGUUCCUAAUAAUACACUUCACUAUCAUCUCCAUGCCGAAGGAAGACCUGUUUUGGAUUGGGCAACCAGAGUCAAGAUUGCUGCUGGGGCAGCUCGAGGACUUGCAUACCUCCAUGAGGAUUGUCAUCCAAGGAUUAUUCAUAGAGAUAUAAAGUCCUCAAACAUCUUAUUAGAUGCCAACUUCGAAGCGCAGGUAUCUGAUUUUGGGCUUGCAAGGUUAGCUAUGGAUGCUGUGACACAUGUCACUACACGAGUAAUGGGGACAUUUGGAUACUUGGCUCCAGAGUAUGCUUCAAGUGGCAAGUUGACUGAGAAAUCUGAUGUUUAUUCUUUUGGAGUUGUACUCUUGGAGCUAAUUACUGGAAGAAAGCCUGUCGAUACAUCCCAACCUGUGGGAGAUGAGAGCCUUGUUGAGUGGGCUCGACCACUGCUGACUCAUGCACUUGAAACUGGAGACUUCAAUGAGCUACCAGAUCCGAGGCUUGAAAAGAACUACGAUGAGAAAGAGAUGUUUCGAAUGAUUGAAGCAGCAGCUGCUUGUGUUCGUCAUUCCGCAGCAAUGAGGCCUCGUAUGGGGCUGGUGGCGAGAGCUCUAGACGGGUUAUCUGACAUUGAUUUAAGCAAUGGCAUGAAACCGGGCAACAGUGAACUUUUUUCUGCACAAUCUGCAGAUAUCGCGUUAUUUCGUAGGAUGGCUUUUGGAAGCCAAGAAUAUAGUAGCGACUUAAGUAAUUUCAGCAACUUCAGCAGAACGAGUAGGCAGAGUCAGAGAGAUGUAUGAUAAAAAAAUUCAAUCUUUUUUCUCCAUUUCUUAAAGAAUAUAAUUUGUGCUUGUGAUGUUUUGCUCACUCAUUCCACUACAUUUUCUUUUUCUAUAGAAAAGGAAUAAAAUUCUUUCAUUUUUUUUUUGUGUCUGUUCGAACGGAGGUCGAUUUGUUUGUGUAUUUAACAAUCGCGAUCUUGUAAAUUCUUCUUGAAAAAACUAAAUUGAAGAAGUAAAGGUUUUAGAA